AUGACGUCGAGCUGCUCUACCUACACCGGCGCGUCAGGCAGCGGUCAUGAACGUGUCACGCGCAUUCUCGUCGUUGGCGAGGCAAGCGUCGGCAAAACGCUGCUCAUCCGGCGCCUGUGCAACCACGUUUUCGGCGACACUUCCAUUACGAGCACCGAUGAAGUGUCAGCCCCCGAAAGCCCACAUCAAUCACAGAAUGCAGUGACCGAUGACGACCUCGGCCCCGAGUGGGGGCCGACGGUGGGGAUCGCCGUGGAUGCCCUGAAGCGCACCACUACGGUACUUGACGACACCGUCACCAUCCCGAAUCUAGCAAUGUCCGCACCGUACGAUACAGCCUCUAUGGCGGGGUACACGGCGCAGUCGUCCAGCUUGUACUCUGUCGAGAACGGCAACUACCCCAGCUCCUUUGCCUACGGCACCUCAUGCUUGAACAACGGCUGCAGAGGAUCAAACAGUGGGCUCCAGUACCGGGGGCAGGGCUUCGUCGGCUCGAACGCCUCCUUCUCCCUGCCUUAUCAGGUGACCAGCGCCUCGUGUCCGCGCCGACAAACCGUGUUGCAGACCGUCGAGUUUCAUGAACUAGGUGGCACCCACGGCUAUCGCGAUGUCGCACGGCUGCUUCUGCGCAACAUCCAUUAUGAUGGGGUCAUGUUUGUGUACCAUCGCCGCAGUCUUACCAGCACACUGUACCUAAAGGAGUGGUACCGCUGGGUACGCAGCGUCUUCUCCGCCUGCCCGGACGUAGGCUACCACUACGGGGCCGAGGCCAACAAGCCGGCGAGGUCCUCGAAAACGAUGCCGCGGUUUAUGUUAGUGGGCACUCAACUACCCGGUGACGAGCUUCCCGCUGCCGCGGCUGGACUAGCAAAGGCCCCUACGGAGACACUUCACAUGGCCUCCGGCGCCAUCUCUGACGAGACCCUGCUGGACGGCAACUUGGAGGUGAAGUUGCGCGCUCUGCAGUCCCCGCAAACACUGACGCAGCGCCGUGGCGUGUGGUGUGCACUGAGCAAGGUGUUCCGUAGGCUAGCGUGGCCGUACCACGUGUGCUGGUGUGCGUCGCACCCGUUUUUCCUCCUAUCGAAGCAGUAUCAGGAAGAGCUCGGACCGCGCGGCCGACUCGGGGCGUGUGGCUCAUGCAUCGUGGAGCGAUUUGUGUGGCUGCUUUACCAGGCUGAGCAGGCACUACUGUACGUGAUGGCGGUCAUUUUGUUCGGCCCCUACCAGAAAGCUGUGGUUCUUGGUCACUCACGCUUGAAGCAGACUCUGGAGGAGAUGCUCAAGGAUGAGCUGUGUGUAUCGCAGGCGCACGUGUGUCGCCUGGACAGCAACAUCUCCCUGCAAUCCUCCUUGGACGAUGUGGUUGCAUUCUUUGACAUUCUCCUUCGCCGAGAUGCAUCGGACGAUGGACACUGA